AUGGUGCGGAAAAAGAAAGUCCAGACAGCCCCUCUGGUCAAUUCACAAGGGAGGGAAAGUUCGCCCGCGCAAGGACAAAAUGCGACGUUUCAAGCCGCGUGCGCUAAAAUACGGGAAAAUACCCAGAGACAUCUGGAGAAGAUGAAGGGUGUUGCCGGUGACGACGAAGAAGCAGCAGAAGACGAGGUGCCUCUCGAAGAAGAAUCCAUACUCAAGAAGAUCUCGGAAGGAUUUUCAGGGAACAGACAAGACACUCAGAAUAUCUUGGAUAACCUCUUAUCGGGUAUCGUCACGUGCCUGAUAUGCAUCGAGAGCGUGCGCCACACUGAAGCUACAUGGAGCUGUCCCCACUGCUUCCAGAUACUCCAUCUGACAUGCGUUGGCAAAUGGGCGAAGGACUCUCUUUUCCUUUUCGGGAAAUCGGGGGACGGAAGCACCGCGGCCACGACUUGGUCGUGUCCGAAUUGCCGAUCUCAGCUGACGAGCAUACCUCAGCAGUACAUGUGUUUCUGUGGCAAGGAAAAGGAUCCCAACUUUGACAAAUGGUUGUGCCCCCAUUCGUGUGGUUCGAUAUGCGCUCGGGCGUUGAAACCAGCUUGCGGCCACACGUGUACCCUUCUAUGUCAUCCUGGUCCGUGUCCUCCGUGCCCGAAGACCGUCCAAGCGGUUUGCUUCUGCAACGCCUCGACAGUCACCCGGCGCUGCUCCCAGAAGGAGUGGUCAUGCAACGGUGUGUGUCGGCGUCCGCUGGCUUGCGGCCUACACGCUUGCCCAGAGCUAUGCCAUCGCGGGGAAUGUUCGCCUUGCAAAGAACAGAGCAUUCGGAAAUGCAAUUGCGGCUCGUCGGAGCGCAGGGCAGAAUGCGCGGCCCUUCCAUGGAAAUGCGAAAAACUCUGCGGGAAGCAGCUCAGUUGUGGCUUGCAUCGAUGCGAAGAUCGGUGUCACCGGCCGAACGAGUGCGGGGUUUGUCCUGGGAGCCGUCCACGCUGCUGUCCAUGCGGUCGGACCAAGUACACGGAGCUCAGCUGCACGCAGACCGCCGUGCCCACAUGCCUGAAUACGUGCGAGAAACUGCUCAGUUGCGGUGAGCAUAGAUGCUGGAACAAAUGCCACGAAGGCGACUGCGAGAAUUGCUUGGAGAUGGUUUUGAAAGCAUGCCGUUGUGGCGCCAAAUCACGGCAGAUGCAGUGUCAGAAAGCAUUUACGUGCGACAAGAAAUGCGGUCGAUCAAAACCGUGCGGCCAUAUUUGCACGAGGAAAUGCUGCCCGCCCGACGAAGAUUGUCCACCGUGCACUAUCGCCUGCAACAAGAAACUGCAUUGUGGUAUCCACAAAUGCCAGAGUCUCUGUCACAGCGGACCUUGCUUCCCGUGUCGCGAUCAGAAGGAAAAGGCUUGCCCCUGCGGCAAGACCUCUCUCCUGUUCCCAUGCGGGACUAAUCUGCAAACCGCGAAAGUGGUGUGCAGGGAGCUCUGUGUCAUGCCGCCGGACUGCCACCACGAGACCAAGGUUCAGCAUCGCUGUCAUCCGGGACGCUGUCCUCCUUGUGCGCUGCCCUGCGCAAGAACCUUGUCCUGUGGCCACACGUGUACUGCGAAAUGCCACAGUGCCGUUCUGGCGAAGAUCCUCCCGAAGGAGAAGCCACGAGGUCCCUGGGAGCCUCAGCCCCAAGCGCGCUGGGAGCUCAUCGCGAAACCGUGUCCUCCGUGCAACGAACUAGUUCGCGUAGACUGCUUCGGUAAGCACGGGGAAACAGAAUGGCCGUGCCAUGCCGCGAGGAUAUCGAGCUGCGGAAAGCCAUGUGGACGCAUUCUGCCGUGUGGCCAACAUGGUUGUACUCUUGAAUGUCAUGUAGUCUCCGACGCUCCGAACGGGCUGGUUUCCGGUUCGAGUUGUGAGCAGUACUGUGGGAAUGGGUGCCAGUCCAAAAGUCGACCGGAAGAGUGCUCACAUCCUUGCGGUAGACCGUGCCAUGCAGGCGAUUGUUCGCCCUGCAAUCAAUACGUCCAGUUCAGAUGCCACUGUGAGAACACGCUUACGGUGAAAUCCUGCAGGGAGUGGUGCGCCAUGACUGAGGAAGAACGUCGUAGCGCUCAACGCUGCCUGCAGCGUUGCGGGAAGAAUCUCGAAUGCGGGCAUCGAUGUUUCCUGAAAUGCCAUCCGGGAGAAUGCGGGGAUCCAAGACAAUGUAGAAAAAUGAUCACUCUAUUCUGCUCUUGUCGGCGAAUCAAACAGGAAGUUUGUUGCGGGGCUAGAGACGCGAAGUCGCAGAAAGUCAAAUGUGAUGAAGAAUGCCGCGCGAUACAGCAGCGACUAAAGCGUCAGGAAGACGAACGCAGAGCCUUUGAAGAGGCAGCCAAGAAGAAGCAGGAAGAAGAACGCAACGCUCUCGAAGUCGAAAGAGUACUCGGAGGACGCAGAACUAAGCGAGGGAAGAAGAAAGACUCGAAUGAUGGCACUGAUUGCACUGCCGGCUUCAAAUUUGACGGAGUGGCUUUAACGGUGGCAGCGACCACAGUAUUAAUUCUUGUCGGGGCUGCUUUCAAAGUGUGGUUCGAUACGUGACUAUAAUCUUCUCCGCACGUCCGUUACCCCUGACGCAUAUUCCCCCCAG